UGGCAGGAAGUAGGAAGCAUUGGCGCGAGUGUUGGUCUUUCAGGGGUGGCUACGAUGGCUGCGCACUGUCGGGGCACAGAGCUCGAUCUGAGCUGGAUCUCCAAAGUUCAGGUAAAUCAUGCGGCCGUUCUGAGGCGGGCUGCACAGAUCCAGGCUCGCCGAAGUGUGAAGAAGGAGUGGCAGGCCGCGUGGCUCCUGAAAGCUGUUACCUUUAUAGACCUUACCACACUUUCCGGGGAUGACACAUUUUCCAACAUUCAACGCCUUUGUUACAAAGCCAAAUAUCCAAUCCGGGCAGACCUCUUAAAAGCUUUAAAUAUGCACGACACAGGCAUCACCACGGCUGCGGUCUGUGUUUAUCCUGCCCGCGUGUGCGAUGCUGUCAAGGCACUGAAGGCUGCAGGCUGCAGUAUCCCCGUAGCCUCAGUGGCCACUGGCUUUCCAGCCGGACAGACUCAUUUGAAGACGCGGUUGGAAGAGGUCAGAUUGGCAGUGGAGGAUGGAGCUACCGAAAUCGACGUGGUCAUUAACAGGACCCUGGUGCUCACUGGCCAGUGGAAAGCCCUCUACGAUGAGAUCAGUCAGUUUCGCAAGGCCUGUGGGGAGGCUCAUCUCAAAACCAUCUUAGCUACGGGAGAACUCGGCUCUUUCACCAACAUCUACAAAGCCAGUCUGGUAGCAAUGAUGGCAGGAUCAGAUUUUAUUAAGACCUCUACUGGAAAAGAAACAGUAAAUGCCACCUUCCCUGUAGCCAUCGUAAUGCUCCGGGCCAUUAGAGAUUUCUUCUGGAAAACUGGAAACAAGGUAGGCUUUAAGCCUGCGGGAGGCAUCCGCACUGCGAAGGAGUCCCUUGCGUGGCUCUCUCUGGUAAAGGAGGAACUGGGGGACCAGUGGCUGACGCCUGACCUCUUCCGGAUAGGGGCCAGUUCCCUGCUUUCAGACAUCGAGAGACAGAUUUACCAUCAUGUGACUGGACGAUACGCGGCGUAUCACGAUCUUCCAAUGUCUUAGCUCAGCAGCCAGCCUGGAAAAGCAUCUUGCAACAAAUUUAAAAAAAAUGUUUUUACAUAAUUGCUAAGGUUUAAGAAUAGGUAACUGACUUUUCCCUGUUAAAAUGUCCCCUGAAAUUAACUCAAAAUAACAAAGGAAACAAACCAAUUGAAUCUAUAUGUGGAACUCAAAUGAAAUGGGGCUGAAAUGGUCUGAAUU